AUGUUGGCUGUUAUGUUGGAGCCCAAUGUCGGCAGCUGCUCAGCCAGCUGCGGGAUGCGAAGUCGGAGCCCGAGGCCAUCUAACUACAGCGCUGGGAUCAGCUCGUGCGAUGAGGGCGAGCAGUGGCAGUUGGCCAUGUCGCUGCUGAGCGAGAUGUGGGAGGCGAAGCUGGGGCUCAAUGCCAACAGCUUCAGCGCUGGGGUUAGCGCGUGCGGGAAGGGCCAGCAGUGGCAAAUGGCCAUGUCGCUGCUGAGCGAGAUUUGGGAGGCGAAGCUGGGGCUCAAUGCCAUCAGCUUCAGCGUUGGGACCAGCGCGUGCGGGCAGGGCGAGCAGUGGCAGCAGGCUCUGGCGCUGCCGAGCGAGAUGCUGGGUGUGAAGCUGGAACCCACCAUCAUCUGCUACAGCACCCCGAUCAGCACGUGCGAGACGAACGGGGCAGCGUUCGGGACCGACGCGUUGACCUGCCAGCAGUGGAUUCCCCACGGGUUCGCACCAGUCAGCCACAACGCUUUGAUCAACGCGUGCUAG